AACUCUAAUUUUUAUGUAAUGUCACUUUGUUGUCGUUUGUUACAAGAAGCAAGGAAAAUUCGUGCUAGAAACCAAAGAACCAAGCCCCCAAUAUCCGUGCGCUGUGAUGUGAUAAUCAAUUGUGUGUAAAUAAUGAAUUGUCAUCAGAUAUUGAGCGGCGCCUGCAAUGCAGGCGACCGGUGCUUCGCGAUUGGAUCCGUGGAAGGCAUACCAUUUACAGCCUACGCCGCCGGCUGCAAUGUGGUCAUCCUGGCGAGCACCUUCGAGCGCGUCCAGAUCAUUCCGGGCGCCAACCAUGGCUAUGUCAAGAUAUCCGCUCUGGACUGCAGCACCGAUACCGGAAAGAUAGCGGCGGCCUAUGAGAACAAGAUAUGCAUUUUUGAGCCCACGCCGGUGAUUGAGUCCAGCAAGCACAACACCCACUUUUUGGACUACAGAUGGGUGCAAACGGGCUCGUUUACCAGCCACUCGAGCGUGGUGACCCUGUCCUGGAAUCUAGAGGGCACCCGUCUCCUGACCGGCGGCACCAACAUCCAGCUGUGGAAGAGCAAGUCACCCACUCACCAGCAGGAGGAGGAGCACACGGGCGUCAAGUUCGAGAUUGGCGAGAGCAAGGAGCCGAAGCAGCCGAACAACGCCCAGUCGGAGGAUGUGUCCACGUGGGAGAACAUUUGGAGCUGCCAGACGGCCAUACCCAUUUACCACAUGGCAUUUAGUCCGGAUGGGACGCUCUUCGCCACCUGCGGCCGCAACGAUCGGCUGGUGAAGAUCUGGUACGAGAACAAGCAGGUUCUCUUCCCGGCAAAGGGCUCCUCCUCGGUGGCCGGGGCACCCUCCGGCGGCGGGGCCUCCUCCUCCGAUGCCACUGGCUCCGGAUCCGGAUCCGGCGGAGAGCUGAACUUCACGUACGUGUAUAUCGCCCACCCGCGUGCCGUGUCCAACAUUGUGUGGCGCAAGACGAGCAAGUACAUGCCCAAGGGAUCGGUGGCCAAUAUGCUUGUGACCUCCUGCCUGGACAACAUCUGCCGCAUCUGGAUCGAGACGGUGCUGCCGGACGACGGCAUGGUGAACAUGACCCAGUUCGAUCCGAUGGCCUCGCAGAAUCCCAAGUUCCGGACGCAUCGGCACAAGCAUCGCUUCAUGCAGCGGCUGAAGCACAUGAAGACCUGUUUCCACAUCCGCCGGCACAUGAAGGCCGGAGCGAAUGCCGGACCAGGUGGACUGGCCAGUGGCGUCGGCGGCGCUGGGGGAGUGUCCAGUGGCGGCGCUGGCGGAGGAGUGGCCGGCGCCAUGGGCAGCUCGCCGGCCAGCUAUAGCAAUUACCUGGGUCCUAUACCCUCGCUGCCGUCGUCGUGCAGCGUCCACGACUUUCAUUCGUACGGCUUUCAGGGAUCCGGAGUGACGCCCGGCAUGCACUUCCACCUGGCCGCCUCGAUCAAUGCGGAAACGGACAUACCGCUGGUCCCCUCCAUGCAGACCAGCGAUCCGGCCAACCAGAACGUGUUCAUCCUGCACUGGCUGAACAACAAGGAGAUGCAUUUCACGCUCCAGGCGGAGGCCAUACUGCAGGAGCUCACCAAGAAGGUGAUCGACGAGGAGAACGGCCAUGGCCAUGGCCAUGGCAAUGGCAAUGGCAAUGCCUCCAGCGGUGGCGUCGAUCUCCCAGACGAUGCCCAUGGCUCCCAUUCGCAGGCGCAUGCGCACAAGAAGUACUUGCGCUCCUCCAAGUCCGUCUCCGUGGACGACAGUGGCGAGGAGUACAGUCGCUAUUCGCAGCACACCGCGGGCACGGCAAUGGGCGGUCCAGGAGGCGGAGGAGCGGGAGCUGGAGUAGGUCUCCAUCUGAACUCCAUGUCCAACACAACGUCACAGAACUCGCUGAACAACGAGCCGGCGCAUCCGAUUACCCAGCUGGUGGACUCACUGGACAACAAGAUCGAGUGUCUGCUGCGCGACUGGCACCAGAGUCCCGAUCUGCUCUUCGCCAUCCAUCCGGUGGACGGGAGCUACCUGAUCUGGGUGAUUGAGUGGCUGGACGACUACUAUCCCGGCUCGUUCCGGCAGGCGCAGGUCUCCUUCUCCACGCGCAUCCCAUCGGCCUUUCCGCUGGGCGACGCCAUGUCGAUGUCCACCACGGUCAGCCUGUUCAACACGGGCACCCAUCCGCUGGCCUUCCGCGACAUAGCCAACAAUGUGCGCAGCAAGGACGAGUUCCACAAGGGCCAUGCGGACGACUCCUCGCUGAAGAGCGCCGACCAGCAUUCGGGGCAGACGUAUGAGCGGCACGACGAGGAGCAGGAGGAUGCGGCCGGCGAGGAUGAGGAGGCCGACCGCGAUGGCGAUGCGGCUGGCGAGGAUCAGGAGGCCAGCAAUGCGGCCAGUGGAGCAGCUGGUGGAGCGGGUGAGCACAGCAGCAGUUCGCAGGACUCGGCUGCAGCCGGUGGCAGCGCUCUGCCAUUGAACGUCUCCCCAUCGGUGUCCAUGGUGACCAAGCACUCCAACGGCACCCUCAACCUCUGGCAGCUGACGUUCGCCUUCAAGACCAAGUUCACCCAAGUAUUAAGCAUCGGCCAUGUGAGCCGCGCCUCCGGCCAUCGGUUCCGGGUGAACGACAUCACCUGCCACCCGGUGCUGCCGCUGCUGGUCUCCACGUCGCACCACAACCUCCCGGACUCGGAGGCCAAGUCGCCCAUGUCGCCAUUCGAGCAGCCCUUGAGUGGCGGCGCCGGACUGCCCUCCGGUGGCGGAGCAGGCGGCCCGUCGGCCGGAUCGAAUGGCGACAAGGAUGUCUUCACGCCCACCGGCUUCUGUUCGGAGCUGAUCCUGUGGCGCGUCGACUCCGUGGGACCGCUGUGCCACUCGGGCGGCGUCAGUGAGCUGGCCCGCAUCAACUCGCCGGAGAUCUCGGCCUUCAGCAACGUGGCCUGGAUACCCACGCUGCUGCCGAGCACCACGCUGGGCAGCUACAGCAACUCCCCAUCCGCCUGCUUUGUGGCCAGCGAUGGCGAGAAUCUGCGCGUCUACCAGGCGGUCAUCGAUGCCCGCACCCUGCUGGCGGAGAUCUCGUGCUCGGAGAACCUCAACACGCUGCACAAGUCGCACUCGCUGUCGUCGAUGAUCUCGAACGCCUCGUCCACGAUGCGGGCGCAGCGUUCGGCGCUGCACGACAAGCUCAAGGUGGUGUCCCAGCAGUCGACGGCCCGACCCGGCUGCAUCCUGCAGCUGGACGCCAUCUCGGAUGCCAAGCACGACUGGCAGAACACCCAGUUUCUGCACGUCUUCCAGGCGCAACUGAUCACGGGUGGCCAGCGCAGCACACCGCUCACGGAUCCCCACGAUCUGGAGGAGCCGCGCCUCAACGCGCUGCUCGAGUCGGACAUGGAUGCCAUUGUGGACCUGCAGCGCAAUGCCGACUUCGAGGAGCCCUUCUACAUUGUAAACAUCGAGAAGACGCUGCGCGGCAGCACCAUACACAUGUGGCGCAUUGUCAUCAGCUCCAAGCAGCAGAGCUCCUUCCUCUCGGAGACGGCCAUGUAUGUGCCCGAUAGCAACCUCACCCAGGAGCCGGACGAGGAGGGAGGUGGCCCCGGCGCCGGCGCUGGCGCUGGCAAUCCCAAUCCGCGACGCAUGUCACAGGGCGCAGAAACGCUGACGGGAGCCGAACACUUUGGCCCGCAAGUGGAGGCGCCGCACAUCUCGAUAACCACCAAGAAGGUCUGCACCCAGGAGCUGCCGCUGCCCGAGGGCGUGGACGUGAUCCAUGCCUCGCCAGCGGCCGGCCACCUGAGCAGCUCCAGCAUUUAUCCGGCCUGCUUUGCCCCCUACAUCAUUGUGACGGCCUGCUCCGAUUCCAUUUCACGUUUCUGGAAGUGUGAGCCCAUGGGCAACCCUAACGAUGGCGAUGAUGAUGAUGAGCCCGAAGGCGAUGCCUAUCACUGGAGCGAGUGGAAGAUGUUCAGCCGCAUCCAGCACUCGGCCAUUGAGAUUCCGGGGCAGCCGCUGAACAUCAGUGCCGCCUAUUCCGGGCGCAUUGCGUGUGCCUACAAGUACGGCAAGAGUUUCACGCGACCCAACAAGGGACCCGAUCCGGACUCGCGCUACGUCAACCUCUGUGUGGCCAUCUACGAGUGCGAGAGCUCCGGCGGCAGUGAGUGGGUGCUGGAGGACACCAUUCACCUGAAGAACGUCCAUCUGCCGCGCAUCAACAUCGGCCACGGCAUCGAUCUGAGCUACCUGCACGACAGUCGGCUGCUGGCCAAGAAGCAGCGCCUCAACCAGGUGCUGCACACCUUCGCCCACGAUCCGGAGGGCCGAUCGCCGCGCAGUGGCGAGACCACGCCGGAGCUGGCCGUCAACCGGCAGCCCUCCUCGGUGGCCGCCUCCGGAUUGCUGACCGUGCCCAGCUUUAGCACCUUGCAAUCGCUGCGCAAGAGCAUCGCGGAGAACGGCAACACCUGCCCGCUGACGCAGAAGCACCUUGUCCAACUGGACUGGGUGAGCAAGGAGGAUGGCUCGCACAUCCUCACCGUGGCCGUGGGCAGCAAGAUCCUGCUCUACACGCCCGUCAGCUCGGACAUUGCCCAGGCCAACAUCAAGGCCAUGAAGGAGUCGCGUUCGGUGAAUCGUCCCAUUUUGCGCAAAGCCAGCUCUCUGGCGCAGCCGAACUUUGUGGAUGAGAUACGCUGGAUGAAGCUGCGCCAGAUCGAUCUGCAGACGGCCGAUGGCCUGCCGCCGCUGCCCAUGCAAAUCUCGUGGGUGCGCGACGGCAUCCUGGUGGUGGCCAUGGACUCGGAGAUGCACGUGUACUCGCAGUGGAAGCCGCACUACUCCUCGCACUUUGCCGCAGCGGCGGCGGCAGCGGCUGGCGAGGAUGUGCCCGAUACGCGCAAUCUGCGGGACGAGGACCUGCGCUCGCUGGCCAACGAGUCCACGCAGCUGCGGCUGAAGAACGUGGCCUCCAUGCCGCUGAUCAGCAAGGUGAGCACGGCCAAUCUGCAGCUGUUGUCGCACGACAAGAAGCGUCGUUUGGGCAACACCAGCAUGGCCAAUAUGAAUGGCGGUGGCCCUGGCUUGGGCGGAGCUGGAGGAGGAGGAGGCGGUGGCGCAGGACCCUAUGGUUCUGCUGGAGCGGAUGAUGGCGGCAGCGAUGAUUACAUGACCGAUUUCGGGCUGUUCCAGGCAUCGCGCAUUGCCUGUCCCGUGCUGCCGCAGUACCAUCCCAAGCAGCUGAUGGAGCUGCUCAACUGCGGCAAGAUACGCUGGGUGAAGGCCAUCCUGGCGCAUCUGGUGCGCUGCAUGAGCAGUGGCACCAGCUCCGCGGGUGCGGUGGGCCAGGACGAGGAUGGCUAUGCCAGGCAGCGCAGCUGGUCCCGAUCCCGCACGCUGAGCAUCAGCUAUACGGCCGACCAGAACAUACAGGCGGAGCAUCGGGGCAGCACCACCCAGAUACCCGAGGAGCUGAUGCUGGACUAUGCGGAGAUCAACUCCAUUCCGCCGCUGCCCCUGUGGGUGCUGCUCAAUGCGGACCGCGAGACGCCCGGGCAGAGCAACAACUAUGCGGAGGGCGACAAGGACUACGACGAGCUCUUCGACAUGCACAACUCCGAGGACAAUCUGGACGAGCUGCUGAGCGAGGGCGAUGAGAAGAAGCGGCAGGAGCGAAGGUUGUCGCUGCCCGAGAAGCACUCCAUCUCGCACUUUGGUCCGCGCCAGGGUCAGCUCCUGUCGCGCCUGCUGACCCACACCCAUUUGCCCGGCCUCUCCUCGCUGGACCAGAUGCAUCUGCUGGCCCUGGCCGACACGGUGGCCACCUGCAAUACGGAUUUCUCCGACAAGUUUGCCGCCGAUCAAAGCAAAUCGAGUGGUGGCGGUGGCGGAGGAGGAGGAGGAGCUGGAGCCGGAGCUUCAGCCGUCAAGGAUGGCAGCACUAGCACAGAUUCACUGGACGAUUGCGGCCUGCGCUUCCUGCUGGCCAUGAAGCACUUCACCUACUUGCUGCGCUGCCUGCCGCUCCAGCAGCGGGCGCAAUUCCAGCGCCAGGGCGUGGGCACCUCCAACAUUGUGUGGGCCUACCACUCGGAGAGCGAGGAGGAGCUCCUCAACCUGAUACCCAGCUACACGAAGGGCGAUCUGCGCUGGGCCACGCUACGGGAUCUGGGCAUGGGCUAUUGGCUGAAGAACAUCAAUACGCUGAGGAGAUGCGUGGAGAAGCUGGCCAAGUGCGCCUACCAGCAGAAGCAGGAGCCCCUGGAUGCGGCCAUCUACUACCUGGCCAUGAAGAAGAAGUCACUGGUGUGGGGUCUGUUUAGGUCGCGUCGCGACGAGAAGAUGACCGCCUUCUUUGGCAACAACUUUGCCGAGGAUCGUUGGCGCAAGGCGGCACUGAAGAAUGCCUUUGUCCUGCUGGGCAAGCAAAGAUUCGAGCAUGCGGUGGCCUUCUUCCUGCUGGCCAACAGCCUCAACGAUGCCAUCGAGGUGUGCAUGAACAAGCUGGAGGACUUCCAGCUGGCCCUCAUCAUAGCCCGUUUGUAUGAGGGCGAUGCCGAGGGCUGCUACUACCACCAUCUGCUGCACGAGCACAUCCUGGGCACCGAUGCGGAGACGGGACGCUGCGACCUCAGUCGCGCCCAUCCCGAUCCCUUCCUGCGCUCGAUGACCUACUGGACGAUCAAGAAGUACCAGGAGAGCCUGAACACGCUGCUGCUGAACAAUGUGGGCAGCCUGCACAGCAGCUACCGGGAGGAGGACCUGCUGCGCCCCGAGCCGCAGGCCACCAAUCCGAAUGUGUUCAACUUCUACAUCUACUUGCGCACCCAUCCGCUGCUCAUCAGGCAGAACAUUGCGUUGUCGGCGCAGGAGAAGCGCAUCGCCCAUGUGGUGCUGUCCGGCUUCAACUAUGCCGGCGAUGCGGCUCCCAGUGCGGUGGCCUGCGACAAGCAGCUGCAGCUGGAGGACUCGAUCACGCCCAUCGAGCGGCAGCUGUACUUCACCACCGCCCAUGGGCACUUCAAGAGUGGCUGUCCCGCUCUGGCGCUCGAGGUGCUCAACAAGCUGCCCCAGAAGAUCAGCGACGAUUCGGGCGGCAGUGUGGCGGGCAGCCAGGCGCAGGAGCGUGCCCAGCAGAACAAGGAGGAGCUGAUCAACACGGGCAUCAUGGACCAGUGGGGCGCCACGCCGUCCAACACGGCGGAUGCCUUCGAUUGGGGUGCUCCCGUGGCCACCGAACCGGAGGCCAAGUUCGAAAUCAAAUGGGACGACGAAGAGGAUGAGGAUGACGAGGAGCUGGAGCUGGAGCGCGAUGAACCAGAGCUGGCCACGCCACAACCACAGGCACAGUCAUCCAUCCUGGGACGAGGCAAGUCGAAUGGCAGUGACCACAAGAUGGACAUCAUGGCCCAGCAGCUGAAGUUCGUGGCCUGCCUGAAGAUCCUCAUGGAGGAGCUGUCCACGCUGGCCACCGGUUUCGAGGUGGAUGGCGGCCAGCUGCGCUACCAGCUGUACAUGUGGCUGGAGCGCGAGGUGGAGGCCCUCAAGCAGCUGUGCAACUACUGCAGCCAGGCGGAGCAGGCCAGCCACGAGGCGGGCGACGCGGACGCCGAGGCGCGCGACAAGGAGAUGAACGCCAGCAUCUACCCCAGCACGGAGCGGCCCACGCUCCACGAGAUCCUCAUGCAGGACAAGCAGGACUUCGAAGCCAAGGUGAUGCGGGCGGCCAAGCGCAAGAGGUGGCUCAAGGCCAAUGAGACGCUGCUCCGCACCCUGCUGAGCUACUGCUCGCUGCACGGAGCCAGUGGCGGUGGUUUGGCCUCCGUGCGCAUGGAGCUGGUGCUGCUGCUGCAGGAGCUGCAGCAGGAGAAGACGCAGCAGCAGCUGCUCAGUCCGCUGCCCUUCCCCACCACGCUGCCGCUGCUGAGCGCGUGUGUGGCGGGCAACAAGACGGUGAUCGCCGACCCCAUCAAGUACCUGCAGUCGCAGACGGUGGACAUGCUGCAGAGCAUCAUCAAGGUGCUGCCCUUCCCGGGCAUCGAGCCGAGUGCCCUCAGCGAGAUCUUCGUGCUGAGGGACUUGGCGGUGGCCCUGUCGUCCUGCAUCUACCAGUCGCUCUGCGACUCCGAGAGCUUCGUGGUGAACAACUCGGCCUUCAAUCCGAGCUACCCCAGUCCGGGCAUGGAGAACAUUGCGAAGAUAAACUCGUCGUUCGAGUGCAGCUAUCUGGUGGGCAGCCGGAAUGCCUACGGCCGGCGGCGCAAGUACUCCACGGAUGAGCCCGCUGGCGUGUGCACCACUCCGUCCAAGUGGCCGGGCGUGACCAAUCUGCGUGCCCUGUUGGCCCGCGAAAAGGACGAGGAUGUGCCCAAGCUGAAUGUGCUGCUGCUGGAGUCCUUCGUCUCCACGUACAUGGCACUCUUCAUCUACUCGCUGUCCACCUGCGACAGUCGUCUGCUGUACCGCCUGAGUGGCCAGAGUUUCAACAACGAGACCUGGUCCACGCUCUUCGGCGGCGGCAUGAAGAAGCUGCUCAUCAAGCCGGCGGCGGCACAGCCAUCCAGCCAAAUGGUGGCCGCUGGUGGAGGAGCCAUAGCCACUGGUGGUUCCACCUCCGAGGAGCCAACGGAUGAGAAUAGCGUUUGGAAUACGGUCACGUCCAUUACAAAGCAACGCAUGAAGCUGAACAUGAAGAUACUGGGCAGCUUCAGUCAGAACAGCACUUCCAGCAACAUGAAGGAGGACAAGCCCACGUACCGGGAGCAGUUUAUGCCGCCGGAGACAUCCAUGCUGUCCUACUUCCUCACCAAACCGCCCACAACCGAAUGCGAUGACUACGAUACAGACGACUCGCACGAGUCGGACAACGAGGAGGAGGAGGACGACGACGACGAUGUGAAUGUGAGUCGGUCGCAGCUGAAGGCCAAGGACAACACGGAGCACACCAAUCCCACGUCGUACUCGUGGAGCAUCCUGCGCCUGGCGCUCAUCAAGAUCAGCACGCACAAGAUCCAGGAGCUGGUCAAGGUGGCCGGCAUCGAGCUGCAAGAUUUGCCCGUGAUCAGUCCACUGUCGCACGAAGUGCUGAGGACCCUCAAUCGCUGGCAGGACUUUGCCCUGAAUGACCUCAUAGCCCGUGGGCCGCCGUCGCGCAACUAUAUUCCCGGAUGCUAUGCGGAGAGCGGCAUCAACGGGCUGGCCAUCCACAAGUACCGAUCGCUGCUGAACAAGGACAACACUCCGUUCGUUUCGGGUUCCUCGGCUGGCCCCAUCCGGCGGCUGUGGAACUACCUGGUGCGACAGGAGCCCGCCCAGGAGGUGUUCAUCAAGAGCAUCUUUGGCAAGAACAUGGAGCCGAGCACGCGGGGAUCGCACCACACCCACAAUGACAACGAGACCGAUGAGGGUCAAUCCCAUUCGACCAACGAGAAUACCGACCACAUUCGCAUCAUUCACAAGGAUCACGAGUCGAUAUUGUCCUUCUGCUUGAAGAACAACAGCUCCUCGAUGAUUGCGUUCGCCAAUCCGCGGGAGAUCCAGGAGUUCGACAUCUCGCUGCUGCUGGAGUCGCCAAAUUGGUACGAGGAUGAGUGCGACUACGACAUGAUGAACCUGUCCAAGGAUGCGGACACCAACAGUUCGUCCUUCCUGAUCAUUCAGACGCAGGAGCAAAACCAAUUUGGAGGCAACAGCAAUGCCUACAGCGAGUCCAAUGCCAGCACACAGAGUGCUUCGCAAUCGGGACGCGGCACAUCCAUGGUGCUGCGCCACAAGGUGGACAAUGUGAAGCGCAUGAGCGCCCAUCCGCUGAUGCCGCUGUAUUUAACCGGCGGUCAGGAUGGAUCCGUGCAGAUCUGGGAGUGGGGUCACCAGCAGCCCGUCUGCUCGCCCCGCACUUCGGGCACCUUUGCCAAGGUGACGCGAUGCCGCUUCUCGGAGCAGGGCAACAAGUUCGGCAUCGGCGAUGGCGACGGCAAGCUCAGUCUCUGGCAGGCGGGCAUCGCCUCACAGAACAAUCGUUCGUUUAUAAGCUACCAGUGCCACAACAAGGCCCUGUCCGAUUUCGUGUUCCUCGGUUCCUGCAGUCUCCUGGCCAGCGCUGGUCAAAGUUCCGAGAACAAGAACAUCAACAUCUGGGACACACUGCUGCCCCACAAGAAGUCCUGUGUGUCGGCCUUUACCUGCCACGACCAGGGAUCCUCCUGUCUGGUGUUCGCUCCGCAGCACCAGGUGCUCAUCUCGUGCGGCAAACGCGGCGAUGUUUGCGUCUUCGAUGUGAGACAACGUACGCUGCGCCAUCGCUAUCAGGCCCAUGAUAGCACCAUUAAGUGCAUAGCUCUGGACCCGCACGAGGAGUUCUUUGUCACUGGCUCCAUUGAGGGUGACAUUAAGAUCUGGGACAUGAAUCAGUUCAUGCUGAUCAACACGUUCCCGCAUGAGCAUGCCAAGAACGGAUUCUUCAAGCACACCGGCCAGGGCGUCAGCCAGGUGUACGUGGAUCCCUUCGGACGGCUCUUCUCCUGCGGCUCCGAUGGCUGCAUGAAGGUGCGCCUGCUGGUGGAGAAGGACAACAUUGUCCACUCCGUGUAUUGAAAGCUGUAUUCUAUCCGUAACAUUUCUGCUGGCACGGAUGCCCAGUCCGUGUCUUGUUUCCUCUGCGGCAAAAUAGGGGACGCAAUUCGAGUGUCGAGUGUGUCCUGUGUCCCCACAAUAUGUGUGUAUUCUUUGUUAAUCGUUGAUUAUUGUAAACUUUUUUUAAUUGUAUUUCCAAUUUCCUAAACGUACAGAUAUACAUAUACAUACACAUAUAUAUAUAUAUAUUUUAUUACUAUUUUUAUUUGCAUAAUUGUAUUGUCCCAUCAAUUUUUUUUUGUUGUUUUGUUUGCCCGUUUCCGUUUUGCUAUUUAAUGUGUGUUUUUUCCAAACGACGCGAAACAAAAAACGAAACUUGUGUCUGACUCGAUUCGCUUGAUUCGUUUCAUGUUCUUUGAGUAUUUCCUAAACAGACUAUAUACUAUAUACACUACUAUACAGAUACAAGAUAUAUAUUAUAUACAUCUAUUAUAUGCUUUAAAUCAAUUAAUUAUUAUUAUUAUACGAUAUACAAGACAUUCGACAGUAUGGUAAUUGAUAUGCUUACGAAUAUAUAUUACGAUCUAUGUCUUUGUGUUGAGCUUUGUGCAAAAAUUUGUCUGUUGUUGAAUCAAUCAAGAUAUAUGUAUACCUAAAACGAAACUAAAUGAAUUAACUAAAAAUAAAUAAAGUGCAAAAUGAAUAAAAAAAAAAAUAAUUAAACCAAA